UUGACACCGCGACGACAUCUACUCAUGGCCUGAAUGUGUGCCUGGUAAUAUGUGACUGCCCACGUCCGCCGAAAUGUGAGCAGUACUCAUUGGACAGCUGGGUAUGAUACGCUCCAUGACAUUGCACGACGCCAGUCGCGCAGGAUACCAUGUCGAUCGACCACCGGUCCCAUCUGCGCACGUUGCCCAUAUUUCUGGUCUCUCAGUCUGGACAUGCAUGUCUAAUUGUGCUGUCUCCACGAUGGCCUGGACGUCUUGGGGGCACAAUCGCUCUCUGCAUUCUCAUUCAAGUCGCAUCCGCGUCAGCAUAUAGAGACACCUCCGAGGACGCUCGAAGGCUCGCAUACUAUUCCCUUGGUCACUACGUCAUGUGCCAGGCCUUCUCCGUUUUCCUGUUUAACUGGCUUACGGACCCGAUACAUGAUUUUCGCCAUGAACACGACCACACUCCACCCGCAGAGCUCCCGUUCCUGCGCAGGGUUACUCACAUCCCACCGCGCCCUACUGAGCCGCGAUGGCGGUGUCUCCGCCAGACACUCCUGAGCGCGUUCCGCUGCUUCCUGUUCAUCGACCUCGCCCAAGUAUACCAGCGCUCUAAUCCACUGUUCUCGAGGCAAGACAUGGACCUCAGGUCGCAAGGCCUUUUCAUGCUUCCUCUCAACAUUGUCGCGCGCUUUGGGAGCGUUGUCGCCAUGAUUGCCAUGGAAUACUCGCUCUUAGCUGCAACCUGUGUCGCCCUUGGCGUCUCCUCACCAAGACACUGGCCAGACAUCUACGGCAAGUGGUCUGACUCGUACACCGUUCGCUCAAUUCAUUUGCAGCUCACAGCCGGUAUCGGAAAGGCUUGUUGCCGGGCAUUAGGUCUGCAACCCGGGACAUGGGUGUCUUCCUACACCCAACUCUAUGUCGGCUUCGCCGUCUCCGGAUUCUUGCACUGCGGUGGGGAUUUGAUGGUAGAUCCAUCCCUCUUCGGCGCAUCGUUCCCUUUCUAUAUCUCACAAGCCGUCGCGAUCACCUUCGAGGACGCCGUCAUUGGCAUCGUUCGGAGAACCGGAGUAAAGUUCCCUCAACCGCUGGCCCGUGUCGUGGGAUACGCCUGGGCUAUACUGUGGUUGUGUAUAUCCGCGCCAUGGCACAUCAACUGGACGCUGAAGGCUGGGGUCGUUGACACAGUUCGCGUGCCAGUCUCACUCAUUGACCUCAUAGCCCCAAAUCUUGGUGCGUUUGCCACUAGUUUUACCCCUAGCAUUGCUAUGAGUUUCAGGUCGGAGGAUUGACUUGACACGGACGACUACCAAUCGAUUAAUGUUUCAACUGUACGAGAACCGUCAGUGUGUCUCACGUUGUGUACGGGAUGUAGUGUCAAAUUUGGGCGGGCUUUCUUUCAUUUUCGAGAACAUGUGUAUGAGGGUGUUCCGAGUCGUAGCUCGCCGUGCUUGUAUAUGUACUUGACACUUGAUCAGGAGACUACGAUUCGUGCGCUUGUCCGGGCAGAGGUCAAUGUCGAAUUGUAC